AGCGGGGGUAGGGUGGCUGCGUGUUUCCGGAAGACGUGGCGGCUCUCUCCUGGGUUGCCUCCCAGUUUCAUUUCUCCCGACUCAGCUUCCCACCCUGGCCGUUCCGAGGUGGUUCCGCCACUGCCCUCACCACUGCAGCCAUGAUCUCCCUAACGGACACUCAGAAAAUUGGAAUGGGAUUAACAGGAUUUGGAGUGUUUUUCCUGUUCUUUGGAAUGAUUCUCUUUUUUGACAAAGCACUACUGGCUAUUGGAAAUGUUUUAUUUGUGGCUGGCCUGGCUUUUGUAAUUGGCUUAGAAAGAACAUUCAGAUUCUUCUUUCAAAAACAUAAAAUGAAAGCUACAGGAUUUUUUCUGGGUGGUGUGUUUGUGGUCCUUAUUGGUUGGCCCUUGAUAGGCAUGAUCUUCGAAAUUUAUGGAUUCUUUCUCUUGUUCAGGGGCUUCUUUCCUGUGGUGGUUGGCUUUAUUAGAAGAGUGCCAGUCCUUGGAUCUCUCUUAAAUUUACCAGGAAUUAGAUCAUUUGUAGAUAAAGUUGGAGAAAGCAACAAUAUGGUAUAACAACAAUUGAAUUUGAAGACUCAUUUAAAAUAUUGUAUUAUUUAUAAAAUCUUUUGGAGAAUAUUCAGCACAAAAUUAAAUUACAUGAAAUAGCUUGUAAUGUUCUUUACAGAAGUUUAAAACGUGUAGCCUACAAAGUACCAACAGCAAUUAGCAAAGAAGCAAUGAAAACAGGCCUCUAGUCAAGUGACCCGAGAAGUCCGCAAGCAGACUGAGGGAGAGGAAACCGUGUGACAAUGCAGACUGAGACUCUGAAGGCUAUUUGAGUUGUUUUUCCACAGGGUGUGCGAAACACAGCCAUCUUUACAGAACUGUGGUGCCUGUUUCUUUUCUUUUUAUUUUGAAAGCUCAGGAGCACCCACAGGAGUUUGCUUUUUAGAAUAUCCACUACAAUGGCAAAAAUAUUUCCAGUUGCACUGUGUCUCUGAAAGUGAUGCAUGAUUGGAUUGAAUUAUGUCAUUUUAAUGUAUUAAAACCGAGGAAAACCCAGUUUUGAUGUACAAAUCACAUUUUUUUUGUAAGCGGUUAAAAUAAAACUUUUAUCAUUCUUCUGGAUCUUGCUAUUUUACAACCAGGUGAAAAUCUAAACUAGAUGUUCAUUUUUGGGAGUAUACAAAGGUCAUUCUUUACUAACUUUUAGUUCUUAGGUUAUAGCUGACUAAUCACUUUUUUGGUCAGCAGCACACUCUGGAAAUCUUCAUACUUCUUGGGAAUCUGACCUGCUAAGUAUCUAUUAUUCAUUACACGUAAGCCUUUUACAGAAAACACUCUUGACCAUGAACUAGUCUGUUACACAGCUUGUCUCCUUUAAUAUUUAUUUAAGAUGCUAAAUGAUGCAAACCAAAAGGAUUUUUUUCCAUGCUUGAAGGGGGCUGGGAAUCCUUUUUUUCUUUUUCACUUUUUUUAAAAUUUUAGCAGUGGUUUUUAUUUUUGUUUUUCAUAACUUAAAUAACACUUGGUAAUGUUUAAGACAUGUAACAAAAUGUUAAACUUAACGACUAUUUUAUAAGGGCUAUUCGUUUAAUGUUGAGUUUUCCCUUAUUUUCAGCUUUUUCCUAAAACAGAAAUCAUUAGGCAUGAUGUGUGCUUCAUAUUCAUGCUUCAUCUUGAAUGAAUCAGAAAAAUAAUGUUACUUCAUUGUGAUUAAACUGGCUAUAGUUUUUUAAAAAAUGACACUAAAAAAAAUAAUGUUUCUUUCUUUUUUCUACCAUUGCUGAUUGACAGUAGGAAAUAGCAGUUGUUUCUUUUUCAGUUUUCCAAGGUGGCAGCUUUCGUGGCAGAUGGAGGAACACAUUUCAAUAGCCAUAGUACUAUUUGUUUUACCACUAAUGAUUGCACUGUUUGCUGCUUUCUUAAUAGUUGCAAAUCUUUUUAAUGCAUAAAAUUAUAAUUGAAAUUUGUGGUAUUUAUUUACAAACGUGUCUAAUAAAAUAUUUCACGGCUUAUGUUAUUUUAAGCUAAGUCUCAAUGCACAGAGAACAUUCAAUCUUGCUCAUCUGAAGAAGGAAAGACUUGGUCUAUAGGGUAAUGGUUCAGUCUUGUGGAUUACUAACUUUUUUGGUACUUGCAUUUGACUUACGAUACCUGUGAAAAUGAGAUAAUAUUGACAAAUGGAGACUCCUACCUCAAUAGUUCAUGGAAUAAUAGCCUAGUGUUGUGUUUAAUGUUCUUCAAAAGAGUAAAUAUCCUCACUUGGAGAGUGUCAAAUAUAUAUACCUUGAGGAAUGACUUAUAUGAGGUGCCCUGUAUAACCCUGUUAUACAUAUUUUUUGACUGACCCAUAGUAUUUUACAGUGGCUCAAUAAUUCUAUCUUUUUAGAGCAAGAACAGUAUCUGUUAAUGUAAGGGACAUUAUACUAUUUAACUCCUUUGUAGACAUGAAUUUCUAUCGAAGUGUUCUUUGAACUGUAGCAGAGAGCCCUUUUUUCAGAAAGCAUCGUUGGACUUGAAAGGAUUUGAUAAUCUCCCAGUCCUUAGUUAAGAUUGAGAGGCCGGAGCAGUUUUCACUUUUAAAUGAGUCUGCAAUUAAUAUCUACUGUGAGCUUGGGACUGCUUGGCAGCAUUGUGUAUUUCUUAUUCAGAACCUUGUGAGGCUCUAUUUUUAAACAUACUGUCUUCUGAUAGGAAGCACUAUACAUCCUUUUGUUUCUUCCCUUCCAAAAUCAGCCUGCCUUCUUUGUGACAAAAAAAUGUACUUUAUUUCUAUAGAGAUGGAGGAAAAGGUCUAAUACUACUUAGCCUUAAGUGUUUCUGUCAUUGUUCAAGUGUAUUUUCUGUAACAGAAACAUAUUUGGAAUGUUUUUCUUUCCCCCUUCUGAACUGUAAUUCCUGGAAUACUGCUGCUUUAAAAAGUCUCAUCGUCACACUAUAUUAUCUAACAAUCGAAUAUUGUAAAUACACUUGUCUUACCUCUCAAUAAAAGGGUACUUUUCUAUUAA